AUGGAGUUUGUAGUUGGAUUUUUGCUGGGUUGUGAAGAAGAGGAUCAACUUAUGGUAUUUUAUAAGAAAAAUUCUAAGAAGGAGAAAGUUUUCCUUGAUAUCAUAAAUUAUUUCUUUAAUGUACCGGGCCUUAUUCUGUUUAACAUUAUAGCCAUUUUUACAUUUACCGAGAUAUUUAACAUAAUGCUUGCUGCUAAAAGAAAUGGCACAGAAAUUACAACAUUUACUCUCCUUGGACUUUCAUCUGAUCCUCAACCAUUUCUCUUUGCAAUUUUCUUGCUAAUUUAUGUUUGCACAGUAGUUGGUAACACAGUGAUAAUACUGACUGUGACAUUUGAAUCUCGACUUCACUCCCCCAUGUAUAUUUUCUUGAGGAGUCUGUCUCUCACAGAGAUCUCCUAUAUUUCAGUAACGGUUCCUCGGAUGCUUAGAGACUUUCUGCAUAAAGACAAAGAUAUUUCAUUACUGGGAUGUGCUACUCAGCUCUAUUUUUUCUGCUUUCUUGGCACAACUGAAUGCUUCAUUCUUGCAGUCAUGGCAUAUGAUCGUUAUGUAGCUAUAUGCAAUCCUCUUCAUUAUAUGAUUAUUAUCACUAAGCCUAAAUGUCUUAAGCUUUCACUUGGAUCAUGGUUGGCUGGAAUGCUUUUAUCCUUGGGUCAAAUUUCAUUUGUCUUCAGCUUGCCCUUCUGUGACUCCAAUAUCAUUGACCAUUUCUUCUGCGACAUACUGCCUGUAGUGAGAUUGGCUUGUGCUGAUAAAUCUGCCAAUAUGAUAACUAUCUUAAUCUAUAGCUCAUUUGUUAUACAGUUGCCAUUUCUUCUUAUUUUAGUGUCAUACAUACAUAUUGUCGCUACUGUGUUUAGAAUACCAACGGCACAUGGACGUAACAAAGCCUUUUCUACAUGUGGCUCUCACCUUAUAUCAGUCUGCUUGUUUUAUGGAACUGCCACUAUAACUUAUUUGAGAACUAAUGGAUCCCAUAAAAGUUCCAAAAUGUGGUCUUUGCUGUACAUAGUGCUUAUUCCCAUGCUUAACCCCUUAAUAUACAGUUUUAGAAACACAGAAUUUAAAACUGCACUAAAGAGACUAAUAAAAAAGGGAAAAUGUUAA